CACUACAUUACAUAACAAGAGUCGUCUGCUUCAUCAUCCUGUCCUGUCGUUCUUUGCAUUUACACGUUGUUUCAAAAUUAUAGGAGAAUCCUGUUGGAAGAUUUGUCGGCUUUUGUAACAAGCAAGAUACGCUGAUGGUUGCUUGCUUAAGGAAAGAGAGAGAAGCCAACAGAAGCGUGAACGCUGAAAAAUCAAAAAUUAAGCAAGAGGAAAUUCGAAGAAGACUAAAAGAACAGGAAUCUAUUUAACAAACUGCAACACCAAGUGCUCAAUUACUAUGGCUGUACCCCUAGAAGAAUCCAUCACCCUUUCUGUGACUUAUCCAAGUGUUAUCGAUCGCUAUUUCACCCGAAGAUAUAUUCAAAGGGAUGGAGACAAUGACACCUGUUUGCUGUAUCAUUCAAAUAAGAUAUGCUUAGUGACUUUAGCUAAGAGCCAUGCAAUUUUUAAGAAAGAUGUUGCCAUAAAAAAAGUGAACUUUAAAGUUGGCGAAAAAUUGGAUCGAACAAACAACAAAGUGUCGGGUAAAAAGAAGCAUGGCGGGCAGUAUGUAGACGAACAUUCAAUUCUUUGUCUUGUUGAGUGUGAUGAUGAUUCUGUGUACACCGUAAGAGCGGGUGUUAAAGGAAAACUGGUUGAGGUUAAUGAGCAUUUAAUAGGGGAUCCCAACUUACUUUUGACUAAAGCUGAAACUGAUGGUUAUAUUGCUGUGGUGUUGCAAAAGCUUGGUGUUAAUUGUAACAUGUCCAAUUCAGUUAGUAAAGAGGAAUAUGACAAAGUUGUAGAUGAAUAAAAUGUUGUAUUUUCUUCAA